CAGCGCAUCACGAAAGGGGCUCUCCCGCGUUCGCUCAGUGCUUGCAGAGUUCCUGUCAGAAGCGACAUGGCGAGCUUGGCGAGCGCUCGAAAGCCUGACCAAAAGUGCACGCUGCUCGUGCUGCCGGACCAAGUGCUGGCGGGCGUGUUCACCUACCUUAGUCCCGCUGACCUGAUAGUCCUCGAGGCGGUUUGUCGACGCCUUCAGCGCGUCGCCCGCACCCCUGGCGUGCUUCACUUCACGAGCUUCCACUUCACGCAUCCUCCGGAGCUCUUCGCCGAAUUUGUUGACGCCGUUCGAGCAUGGGCCAUCGUCGAACUGGACAUCAACAACUGCGUCCAGCUGGACACUGUCGUCAUUGGGGAUUGCCUGCGCCUUUGCGUCAACUUGACCACACUUCGUUGCAUCAACACGAAGGUUCUUCCAUCAACUCUGCUUGCUCUCGCAGCGAACGAGCUGAGCAAACUAACGUGCCUGGAAUGGUCGCUCUACCGUGACCGGCGCGCGCACACGAAGCUUCUGCUAAAGUACCUCAAGAGAAACGAGGUGACCCUAGGGCUGCAAUCCCUGCAGCGCAUGUACGUCGAGGUGGCUCCCACAAAGGCGCUCACAGACUUCCUGGUUUACGUGUUGAAGCGCUGUCCAUCAAUUGUCUCCGUUCACUUGCACGAACAGAACAGAAGUCGCCAAUGGUCUCGCCUAUUGCGCUUGACGCUCGAGACCUACGUCAAACGCAAGAACUGGAAAGUGUUCACUUAUACUACGGAUCGCGUGCGCAGUACUCGUCGUAUUAAAUUUAGCGCGCAGGAUCAGCCACCUCCGGUCGACAACAACCUCAUAAAAGCUUGCCGAGCUGAUGUCAUCAGGUACGGAAACGUGAGUGUGAUUCAGAAGCCGCGUGGUAGCGUACGCACUUGCGCCAAGCUCGACUCCUGCACAAUACCGACAACUGAGGGCCUCACCCAGCUUCUGCUGUGCCUGGAGCACCCUCUUUCGUGGGCGCGUCUCCGCCAGAUGGCUACAAGGAACGGUAACUUGUGCGAGCUUCGCGCCCUGACGCUCGCCACUGCUCUCGGACCCCGUGCGAAGAUAAUCCCUGAAGAGGUCACGCUGGGCCAGUUUGUAUCCGCUUGUUCUGGGCUCCGGGAACUGAACCUCGCGUCGUUCCACGUCUGCGAAUUCGACUGCUGCGAAGCGUUAAGCCAGGCCAUUGUUCCUCACCUUAGAUCGCUCUCGUUGCCGGCGUGCGCGCUGAGCACGCCCACGCGUUUACCGCAACUGGUGAACGCGUCUUUUCGGCUGAGUGUACUGGACGUCCGCGGCCACAGAUCACGCAAGUCGGGUGUCUGCACUGCGUGCGGAGACAAGUCGACUUGCACAAGUGAAUGCCUGUACUCGCUGCAUGCGCUGUGCCCACUCGAGCGGUUAACGCUGUGCGACCUUCGAAACGUCGACACGCUGGACUUUCUGCUCGACUGCUCGGUUGCCGAGCUGCGGCUGGGCGACCUGGGCCCCUGGUGCCUGCGAAAUCUCCCAAGUCUGUCGCCGCUGCAGGAGUUGUGCUCGCAUCUGCGCUGCCUGACGCUCCACAGCGAGCGCCUGCCGGACGACUUGCGCUUCCUGAACCAGCUUCAACCCGCGCCGAGUCUGCGCCGCCUCUGCGUCGCUGUGCGCAAGGUAUCGUCGGACCAGCGAGCCGGCCUGCUCGACUUCCUGCAGCGCAUUUUCCCCAACGCCCACACGCUGCACGUGCACUCGCUGGCGCGCGACGGACCCCACUUCGAGCUCAUCUGGACGCGUCUGCCGAACGAAGACGUCCGGACGGAGGUGCUGCCGACCGACAAAAUGCAGCUGUGCAGAACCUGCGACUACACAGGGCUGCAGAAACCGUUCCUGGGACAGUCUAAAUAUGCCCACCUGUGAGCCUUAUCACUGACAUAUCUAUACGUUGGGUCCCCUUGGUGCUUUGCAACAAGACUCGCAGCAAUCGCCUGUAAUGAGUUCGUGAACGUGGAGGAACCACCUUGCCAUGACUUAACAUUUUUGUUGUUUCUCUUCCACCGGUGCUUUCCGAGUUCGACUAAAUGUACGGCAGAAUGCAUGUAAAAAUUGAAGAGAAUGUGUAUGCCUUUUAUUUGUAUUGGUUUAAAUAAAACAGUUUUGAGUGAAA